AUGAACUUGGUCGCGAUGAACGAUAAGGAUGAGAUCUAUGAGGAUCCUGAGUCUACUGAGGAUGAUGAGAGUGAGGACUCGGAUGAUAUGGCUGCGAGUGUGGAGGCAGCAGUGAAGCAGGAAGAGGAGAUAGUCACCAUGGAGGCAGCAACACUGAAUGGUGGAGAUGGAGAUGGUGUCAACACUUUUGCAGCAGCGAUCAUGGUUAAAGAUGAAGCAGUAAAUGCGAAGUGUGUGGAAGUUGAAGCUGUGAAAGGGGGCAUCAUGGUGAAGGGAUCAAAGGUGAAUGCAACUGCAAAGGGGCGUGUGCUUACGAAAGAGGAACACUUUGAGGGGUACGAGACCCGAGAGGUGUUGGGUGCUAAGAUUCCGAGGAGAAGCGAGAGGCUUAAGAAGAUGCCUCAUGGUUUGGAUAUCAAGGCGCUCAACUUCAAGACACUGGUGGGCGCGCGGCGGCAGCCAUCCAGCACUCACUAG